AUGGACACCAUGCGAUCGGAGAUGGCAACACUCUUGGCCCAGAAAGCAGAUCUUUCGUCGCUUGCCACACUACAGAGCACCAAGCUGGACGUGUCAGUUUUCGACGCCAAUGUGUGGGACUUGAACAAGCUUCGCGUUGCGUUGGAGCAGCAUGCCCGAGAUCUCUUUGCCACUUUUGCUGGACAUGUGGAGAACCAAGUAAAUGCCAAGGUAGGAAUCGAAGAGUUUAACCGAGUUUUCAAUCCUGAAGCGACCGGUCAGAAGGCAUCUCUGGAGACUGCAGCUUUGCGUAUCUUGAAAAUGACGGAUCAGCUUGAAUCGCUCAGCAACUACGUGAAUGGAGACCGUCACCGUCAAAAGCAAAUGGCAGAACUCAACGUGAACCUGUUGGAUCUUGCGCGCAAGCAGACAGCGGCUCGGAACUCUAUCGUGCAACUUGAAAGUGCAGAGCAAGCUUCAACAACUCGACUUCAAGCCAUGGGUGAGCAAACUACCCAAGCCAUUUCUAAAAUUCAGGCUUUGGCGGAAAUGCUUAGUGGACUACAAACACAGACACUGACGGACAAGAUUGCCCAAGACACGAGACAAGUACAACUUGCCCAUAAUGUUAACCAAUUACAGGCACAAGGCGAGCAUAUCUCGAAGACGCUGAGCGAUCUCUGUCAGUUUGCGCGCGCUGGUCUUGUGGACACUAUCGACGCCAAACUCAAGACUAACAAUGAAAGGUUGCAGAAUGAACUAAGUACGGCACGCGUAUUGUGCGGACAGCAAUACCAACAAUCGAGUCAGCGGAUGAACAAGGUCAAAGAUCUUCUUAUGAAUCACAAAGAGCGGCUCGCACAUCUGGAUGCAUGUAUUCAGACACUGGGUGGUCUCCUGGUGGAAACUCAAGGGGAGCUCAAAAACGUUAAAGGGCCACUUGCAACACUGGCGACAAAUCUGCACGAGGAAAAUGUGGCAAUUCUGCAGGAAGUCAAGCGAAGUCAGGUAUGUGCUUCAAAGACUUUACAGCUAAACCUUGACGUGUCACUCACUAAAUGUGCGCAUACUGAUCUAUAG